UACUUGAGAAGUCCAUUAUCUACGACGAGACUCCUUGAUCACCGUUCGUUUCAACUUUUCAUUUAUCUGAACAAAAAUGUUUCUUGCCAAAUUUCUACUGGAAUUAGCAGCUGUGUAUGUAAGCUUAAGCUCUUGUACGGCACAUAACGAUAACACAGUUUACAUGGAGAACUAUUGCGAUAAGAAAAUAAAGAUAAGAACAGUACAAAACAUAGCCCUGUCCGAGGACGUAUUUUACCCCAGUGGAUGGAGAUGUCAAACCACGGUGGAAGCGCCCCCUGGUCACGUCAUCUGGUUCAACUUUCAUUAUUUCGACGUAGGAAGACCGUCAGUGAUAUACUGCACCGAUGUACUGAGAAUCUAUGACGGAGAUACUACAGAUACUGAGCUAUCUCCCAACAAGGGUUUGUGUGGACGACUCCUUCCUCGGCCAAUAACUACAAGUGGCAACAUUGCGACGUUCAAGUUCAAAAGUAUGGUAGUCAGUACCAGUACUGGAUUUAAGUUGACCGCCACGGUCCAGAGAAAACCAGAUUCCAAGAUUUGUUCAAAAAACGAGUUUCAAUGUCUUGAUGAUAUCUGCAUCGACAAAAAGCUAAAAUGUGACCAGGAAGUCAACUGUCAAGAUAACUCGGACGAGUCUGCACAAUAUGCUGGUUGUGAAGGAAUACUCGCCAAAUGGACAGAUCUAAGUACUUUUGCUAGAGUUGGAAUCAUUGUGGGAACAGUUGUUGGAAUGGGCUUAAUUCUAUGUUUAUGUGUAACAGCUUGUAUUUAUUUCUCCCCACAAAAACGAUAUAAAAGACUAAAAGAUUAAAUUCAACAAAUUUCAAUUGUAUUUGUGUUCAUUAUUUAUU